CUCACUUCCUCGAGACCGCAAACCCUUAAACCGCAUCUGCUCUAUACUCGAUGGGCUCAGAUCCUCAACGGCAGAGACACACUCUGCAUGGCUAGUAGGGCAAGGUAGGCCUUGACGUAGAAGAGCAGACAACGAUACCGACACACCAUUCACCACCACACUCUAGCGUUGCUUCCACUCAUCACUACAGCUCAGCAAGCGUCAUUUUCUCUGCACGACUACAUUAGGAGGCCAUGGGUCUCGAUGUUCCGCGCUCAGAUUCCUUUGGCAAGCUCUAUCCGCCACGGACAGGGGCUCGCGAUGCAUCAAGCACAACAAGCGAUGCACUGCGCCGGUAUCUAUUCAGACAAGAGCCCAAGACUGGACUUCGUGAACUCUUCCUAUACUUGCGCAUCCGCAUGCAACCUGCAGACGCACAGCUCUGGCCACAAAGACCACAGCCAUCGCUGAUUGGCCUCAAGAAUAUGUUGCGCAGAUUGGCACAUGAUUUGUCGGUCCUGGAGACCUUGACGGGACAGAGCACAAAAGCACAUGUUGCGGUCCUGGAUCAGGCCUUUUUUGAACUACAGGCCUUCCUACUCAUGGGACCACCACAUCAUCUUCGCGAAGACCUGGGUUCUGAUCUGGUUUCUGCGUAUAUCUGUCUAUCGCUUGCGGAUAAUCUGCUCGACUUUGACGAUAUCAGUGAGCAGAUUCUUUUCUGCUGCAGACAAACCUUGCAUGGUAUCAUUGCUCGGCGAGAGAUGGUCAAGUUUGAGGAUGACAUACGUUUCGAUGUGCCCUGGUGCUGUUUACGUCUCAAUCGUCGACACAAGCGCAAAAUUGGUUGAUACGUGCUAUGGCUUCCUUCAAAUUUCUGCACCUUCCGUCUCUUGCUUGCGCUUCCAAGCUUCAAACGCCUUGUGCUUCGCCUGUCGGUGUACGCGGCCUCGAUGCAUGGCACUCGUCAAGUGAGUCUGCCACUGCUCCGUCCC